GACGCAGCGGCAGCGGCGGCGGCGCCACGUCUCCUAGGCGGAGCGAAGCGGGACGGAGAGGCGGCGGAGGCUGGUGCGGCUGGGGCUGAGGCUGAGGCUGAGGCCAUGGCCUUCACCUUGUACUCGCUGCUGCAGGCGGCCCUCCUCUGCGUCAACGCCAUCGCUGUGCUGCACGAGGAGCGCUUCCUCAAAAACAUUGGCUGGGGAACAGACCAGGGAAUUGGAGGAUUUGGAGAGGAGCCAGGAAUUAAAUCACAACUAAUGAACCUUAUUCGAUCUGUACGAACAGUUAUGAGAGUGCCAUUGAUAAUAGUAAACUCAAUUGCAAUUGUGUUACUUUUACUGUUUGGGUGAACUUCAGUGGUAGAAAAAAAAAUUGGAGAAUCAGAAGUGGAGAAACCAGCAGGAGCCAUCACUUCAGUCGUUACUGGGAUGUGUAGCUUAGCUGGACAAGCUUGCACUUGAAGUAAACUACAAAGCUGACAAUAAAACAACAGUUCCUAUUUAUCCAAUA